CUCACUUCUCACUCGGACCCCUCGGCGCUCCGCGUUAUUCAGCGUCCCCGACUCCACAAUCUUGAGUCUUGACCAUCCAACCUCUCCUCCUUCGAUCUUCUUCCUUUAGCCUCUCUCCGCGCCUGGCGCAUCUAUUGGAACUCCCUGUUAUCGUCUGCACACUACCUUCUCGGAUUGCUAUUGACGCAUUGAGCUCGAAGAGAAAUCGGAUAGGACAGAGAUAGAUAGAGGUGAAGGUGGAGGAGCAUGGGUGAUCUGUAUUCGUGGCUCAUCUCCUUCUUCUUCCUCAUAGCCCUACUCGUCGUCGUCGUUUACCAGCUUAUGUGCCUGGCUGAUCUUGAGUUUGAUUAUAUCAACCCCUAUGACUCUUCGUCACGAAUCAACCGAGUGAUUUUGCCCGAAUUCAUUGCCCAAGGAGUGUUAUGCUUGUUCUAUCUUGCAACAGGGCAUUGGUUUAUGUCACUGUUUUGUGUCCCAUACCUAUACUACAAUGUGAGACUGUACUUGCGAAGGCAGCACCUGGUAGAUGUCACCGAGAUAUUUAACUUGCUCCAUUGGGAAAAGAAGCUGCGGCUUUUCAAACUCUUCUAUCUCAUAUUUCUACUCUUUCUCUCCAUAUUCUGGAUGAUUCUAACUGCCUUGGAUGAGAACGAAUAGUUGGUGACUAAUUGCUUAUUUCAUGGAGCAUCUGCUUGAGGUAUUCAGUGCGCAAACUAUUUUGUGGAAGUAUCUGCUGGAUGGGCGAUUAAUUUCAAACAUGUUGUAACUGUAUUAAUUUCAGGGUUUGUAUUUAUUUGAAAUAUAAGUUAAUCUCUUCAGGCUCAGUUUUCAGGAA